AUGGUUUCGUCAUCCUCCAACAUCGCACGCUCUGUUGAAGAAACAACGGAUGUUGAAAUGCAAUUUGAAGAAGAGUUCCAAGGGAAUUCCAAAGCUGCUAACGCAACAUAUGGUGGAAGCAUUACACCAGAACCAAGGACAGUCGUGACAAGAACGUUAAACCUCCAGAAACAUUUGACGAUCUGCAAGGAGUACCAGUCAUGGUUAGCCAGUCAAGCGAACGAUCAAACGGAGAUUAACAAUGAGGGCAAUCUGAAGUCAGCAAGGGUCGCAGAGCCGGUUUUCAGAGAAGCCUCUAACGAGCUUAUUGUGCUAGCCGAGUUGCCUCUUUCAUUUAUUGAAAGUGUGGCUUGGAAAACCUUCUGCAACAAGGUUAACCUUUACAAGCCUCACUCGAGGAGGACUGCUACACGAGACAUUGUUGAGAUGUACGUGAAGAAGAAGACAGCUUUGAAGAACAUGCUUCGCACAACGAAGCAGAGAGUGUCACUCACUACUGACAUUUGGGUUUCCCAAGUUACUGGUGCUAGCUAUAUGGUAAUAGCAGGCCAUUUCAUUGAUGCUUCACGGCAGCUCAAGAAGCUUAUUCUCAGCUUCAAGUACGUGAUAGAUCACAAAGGUCAGACCAUCUCUAAUGUCCUCUUAGAGUGUCUAGCUGAGUGGGGAAUCGAGAGAGUCUUCUGCAUCAUCGUAGAUAAUGCUACGGCUAAUACCUCUGCCAUUAGGAGAUUUCAUUCGCAGUUAGAGAGAUGCUCUGCGCAUAUCAUUAAUCUGAUUGCUAAGGAGGGUUUGGCUGAGGUGGGAGAGAAUAUGUUAGCCAUUAGGAAUGCAAUUCAGUAUGUUCGUUCAUCCACACCUAGGCUGAAUGCGUUUGAUCUGAGGGUCACUAGUGGGAGAAUGAGCCGCGGUAGUUUGCCAAUGGAUAUCAAGACCAGAUGGAACUCAACCUUCCUCAUGCUGUCUAGAGCCCUACAAUUUAGAGCUGCAUUUGAUAGGAUGGAAGCUGAGGAUCGGCUCUAUAAUGAAUACUUCCUGGAGAUGGAUAAUGGUGUUAGGAGCACGUUGGUCGUCUCUGCCUCCUCUAAGGUGAACUCGUACAAGUGCUAUGGUGAGAUAGUCACCAUAGAGAGAAAUCUCACUGCGCUGGCCAACAGUUUUGAUCCGGAGCUGAAGGUUAAAGCAUCAGAGAUGUUGCAUAAGUUUCUGAAGUACUGGGAGGGUAUCAAGGGGGUCAACAAGAUGCUGAUCUUAGCCACAAUUUUUGAUCCCAGGAAGAAGAUGCAAUUCGCGAAGCUUUGCUUUGAGAAGUUGUAUGAGAAGGACAGCUUGGAGUCGAAGGAAAUGGUGCAGUCCGUUGGUGAUAUUCUCAAGUGCAUGUUCACGGAGUACAACACUCGUUUCAGAGGGUCAACUGGACAGUCCUCUCAGUCCAAUCAAGCACCAUCUUCUCAGCCGAGUCAAGAGUCUCAAGAUCAGGGGACAUAUAGAAUGGCGCUGGUGGUUGAAGACUUCGGUUAUGAGAGGAUGGAUUGUAUGUACAAUGAGCUGAUUGCUGAAAAGGGAGAGGAUACUCGUGAUGAACUAGAAGUGUAUUUGAAGGAGCCAGUUGAAAACCCAAACCUCAUUCUUGGCGUUGACUUCGACGUUCUUUCUUGGUGGAAGCUUCACCAUAUUAAGUUCCAUGUUCUGUCCGAAAUGGCUAGAGAUCUCCUCGCAAUGCAAGUGUCCUCAGUGGCGUCUGAAAGUGCCUUUAGCACCAGUGGAAGGAUCUUGGAGCCAUAUCGCAGCUGCUUAACACAUUACAUGACAGAGGUCCUCAUGUGUACUGAGCAAUGGAUGCAUGCUGACAUCAAGCUGAGUGAGCAAGUGAGAACAAACGAGCAGAUGCUUUCUGAGGUUGAGCUCCUUGAUCGACUUGAGAAAGAGUUUCAAGCCCAGCGUGUUGAAGAUUGA